AAAAAAUUCAUCAAACAUGUCUACAUCAGAGAUAUAUAUUUCAGCUAACUGUAAUUAACGAUCUUGAGCACUGCGUGAAAUCCCCAAGAGGUCAGUGUGAUAAGGCAUCAAUUUACUGUUCUUGGAAAGACAUUUAAAGUUUGAGUUAUAGAUUAAACUGUUACCAUGUAUUAACACGUCUUCAAACAUUUUGACACUUCUUAACUUUGCAGACAAAGGUUGUUAACUGCAUUAUUAGGAUAUUAACCGUUGUUAAUCUGAAAAAUUUGAAAUAUCGUUCCUUAUCAGCGUGUCCUUGUCUUGUGCGAUAAGAAACAUAUAAGGACUCUAUUGAUUCACUAACAAGUGUUAAAAACUUUUGUUCUUUCAAUUUUGCCAGUAACUUGGUAGUUUGAUGCACGUGAGUUUGGCGCCUGAGUGGGAGUUCCGGUGACCCGUGGCACGGCAGCUAACGGAGAGGGGGAGGAGGCAGAAGAGCCGUUUAUCUUACUCUCGCCAUGCUCCAUUUCAAACCACAAGGCCGGUCUUGGCGAGACGUGGGUGUAGAAGAUGUUAGCCUACGAUGAGACCAUCUAAUUUAAGGUGCUUUGCAUUUGGAUUAACUCUAGCGCUUCUUUUGACUCUACACAUCUACCAUCAAACGGCAAAGAAUAUAGUUUCAAGUACAGCAUCAUCUGCUGUAAAAAAGGUAAAAGGGGAAGUCGAUUACCUUGACGAUGGACCUCCAAUAAGCAGACGACUCAAGCCAUCAAGCUCCAACCUUCCGCAAUGUCGAAUCAUGAAAAGGAAAAACAUCACGUGUCAACCGUUGAUUCAAGGAGAAGAAAGGGCAAUCAAAUUAAGCCGGACGUUAAGAUUUUCUGAAUUGGUUUUGCCUUGCUUGAUUCUUAAUUUAGUCAAAAACUGUUCAAAUCUAAUGGAUGUGCAUAAGUACAUGCUAAACCCAAUGUCGCAAGAGGAACUGGAGUUCCCACUGGCCUUUACGAUAAAAAUGCACACGAACGCCGACCAAGGCGAGCAGUUGAUGCGGACUAUAUACCGACCACACAAUGUCUACUGUAUCUAUGUGGACAGGAAGACAAUCAAACAGUUCUUUAUGAUAAUGCAGAAUCUGGGACGCUGUUUUGACAAUGUCUUUGUGGUAGAGGGGAGGCAAAGGGUGACAUACGCCAGCAUUGAUUUGGUGCACGCUGAGUUAGAAUGUAUGAGGGUUCUUAUGAAGUCAAACGUGAAAUGGAAAUACUAUAUCAACCUUACUGGACAAGAAUUCCCCUUAAGGACAAAUUUAGAAAUUGUUCAGAUUUUGAAGAGUUUAAACGGGGCUAAUGACGUUGAAAGUUACAAUUUUCCUGAAGCCUUACAUUAUAGAUUUAAGCACAAAUACAUUAAAGUUGGAAACAAAAUGGUUGAAACUAACAACACUCAUCCAUCAUUCCGUUACCGAAUAAAAAUGAGAAAAGGAAGCGCAUACGCCAUGUUGAAUUAUGAUUUUGUGAACUUUGUUUUACAUGAUGACAUAUCGGAGGAGUUUAUCUCGUGGUUGUCUGAGACGUAUUCCCCUGAAGAAACCUUGUUCGCCACUUUGAACAGUUUGCCUUGGGCUCCGGGUGGCUACGACAUCGAGACAUCGGAAGACAACAGCACGUUCUUGUCACGUGCUGUCAAGUGGCAGAUGAAGGGCGAGGCUUGCGGUGGGAGGUGGGUGAGAGCGGUGUGUGUGUACGGUCCCUCUGAUCUGUCUUGGUUGGUGAAACAGCCUCAGAUAAUCGCCAACAAGUUUGAUAUAAACGUCGAUACUACCGCCGUAGACUGCUUGGAAGAGCGCAUCCGAUACCGAACGCAGCAUCCCGACACGGGCGGUAUGACCUGGAGCUAUUAUAAGGGCCUCCCCCACGUUAAGAUCUAUCAGAAUCUUACUCAAAAGAUCGGAACUCAGCGCUACUCGGAAUUUCUAGCGAAUCAAAAACAUGAAUGGAUUCGACGAAACGGAUGAAUUCUUUACGUCGUAAUUGAGUGAUUGACGCUUGUUUUGUUCGUUAUUACAUAACAAAUUUCAGCGAAUUUCAGAAUUAGUCAGGAACAUUUUUGUGUGAAUAUGCUCCAAGGAACCACGAGUUGUAAUAUUUAUGUGCUUUGUCAUAUCAGUACAAUUAUGCAUGUCAAACGAUUGCUAAAGCAUCAAAAGAUCACUAUAGUAUUGCGAAAAGAACAUAAAUCAAGGUAGAUCUUAUGUGACCUUUUGUUUUAUGAUUAUGUUCAUCUCGAAAGUGUUGUUAUAUACCGGUUUUGCAUUGAUUAUUUGCUGACGGACACAUUCUCAAUCUCGCUGAACUUUUGUUCAUUUGUCCGGUGAUGCUUUUACAUUACUUUGAAGUAAAAAUAACAACCAUCAUGCAUUGUACUCACGCUUUAUUGACUUUUUAUAUUUUUUUCUCUAGUUAAUUGUAGGUAUUUUAGAGGGGCUAAUUUUUUUUUUGGGCGGGGUGCCUUUUUUUUGGAGGGGGGGGGGGUUUGUUUUGUUUCUCUUUGUUUUGUUUUUUGGAGUUGUUUCUGUUAUUAUAUUUUUACCAGAGAUGAGAAACACCUAAACUACAGUGCAUACUUUUGUUUAGUUUUUAUUGCUUUGACACAUUUUUUAUUGUUUCUUUUUCCAUUCUUAUAACAUUUAAAGCAUACAAAUGUUGCUUUUAAAAUGCUAAUCUUUUUUUCUAAACCUAAGCAAACUAUAGCAAAAAUGCCCAAUGAGAGGUAAAUGAGUUUAAUACAUGUACAUUUAACAUUCUCAACAGUACUGGUAAGAUCCAUUUUUCACAGGAUUAAUUGUUCCAUCUAAAACAACUUCCCUUCGCUAUCUUUCAGGUGAUUAAGUGAUCAUGCUGUUUCAGUUAUAUAAUGCCAUUUUGAAAUUGUUCUUACAUACGUAAAGUAUACGAAUAAAAAAAAAGAAAUGAAAAAAAAAGAUAUUUUUGUUGACUUGUCUCCUCUCCAAUUCUUAACCCUUUCAUAUUUGGGACUUUUUUCUUCAUUUUCACGGAGAAUUAUCGUUGCCAAAAAAGUAUAAUACAUGAAGAAUUUAACGUUCAUAACGAUACAAAGCUUCUAUGGAAGUAAGAAUUAAAUUGCUUACCAAUCAAAUUUGACCGAUACAAACGUGAAAAGAUUAAAUAGUCCCUAGGUGCGUCAGUUAUAAUAAUUUAAAGGGAAUGGAAAGAUACUCGGCAUUUCAUACUGUGGUGCAAUCCUUAUAGAUUCUCUGGGCUAUAUAAAAGAGAAUCCACCGAGGCAGGACACAGUCUGAUCGUAUCCAGUCAUGGCCUCUGCUACAGGAGGAAGCAAACGUUAUGACGGGUAGGUGGCUACUGUAGAAACUGAUGGAUGGGCAGUAGUAUUGUGCUUUUGACAUCAAUAUUUUUAAUUAUUGUCGAAGAGCAGUGUACUACAUGAUAAAAAAACAAGAGUGUUAAAAGAUAGGAACAGAUUACCGACAUAGCCACGGAUACAGAGUCAAAAAGGUGGAAUUCUUGUUGUUGGUGUAUGUACUAAGGAUGAAUUAAAAAUACUUACCUUCAGUUGUUUGUUUAGAAACUUCUCUUUAUAGAAAUAUCAAUAAAAAAGAGUUUAUAGACCAGUUCUAUGUACAAAUAUACGAACAGAGAUUACUAGUAAGUUUAAAUAUCGAUCAAUUUCUUUUUUACAAUGUCCAGUCUUGUAAAAAUAUUUUUUAAAAAACCCAUUAAUAACUUUGACUACAUAUAGACAUUCAUAUUGUAUUACCUAAGUUGUGUUACGUUAAGGGCCAGUUUCCUUUCAUUCAUAUUGUAUUAAACUUAUUUGAAUAUUUUUCAUUUCGCUAAAUAUUAUUUAUUAUAUUAAAAAGAAAAAAGUAAAGAUUUUAGAAAAAAAAAAUACAUUGUAACAAUACAUGUUUCCUUUUCAUAUUUUAUUGAAUUAUAUGUACUUGUAGUUACCUGUCCGUUACAUUUCCCCUGAAGUAUCUCACACACCUGUGAAUAAUCACUAUUAUCAUACAUGUAUUUAUCUUGAGUUUUAAUGGAGAUAACUAAAAUAAGAUAAUUUUUUGCUGUUUAAUCCAAAUCAUAGUUAUGUAAAAGGAUGAAUAAAAUUUUAUUUUUUAUCUUAAAAUAAAAUUCAUGAAAUGUUUCA